UGCUAGAGCGUCGAACGCCAUCUUUAUCAGGCUUAUUCGAGACGCGCGGGGUAAAGCGGUGAAUGUGUCAAAUCGCAGAAUCCACGACGAUAUUUGGACGAACAUGGUGUUUAUACAGGAAAGGUGAUUGCAUUCGCGGAUAAUCUCAACGUAUGUAAAUUAAAGAAAAAUGGUUAGCAACAUUUCACGGGGUACGCCCCGUAUUCAGGUCUUUAGGCCUACUUACGAGGAAUUCAAGGACUUUACCAAGUAUGUGGAAUACAUGGAAAGCAAAGGCGCGCAUAAAGCAGGUUUAGCGAAAGUGAUUCCACCACCUGAAUGGAUUCCGAGGAAGGGAGGUUAUAACUUGGAUAACUUGGAUUUGACCAUUCCUGCACCUAUUUGCCAGGUGGUCACUGGCAAACAGGGACUAUAUCAGCAAAUUAAUAUACAGAAGAAGUCAAUGACCGUGAAGGAAUAUAGCAAGCUUGCUAAUUCGGAGCGUUACAAUACACCACGUCAUUUUGACUAUGAAGACCUGGAGCGAAAAUAUUGGAAGAAUAUAACUUACGUGGCUCCUAUAUAUGGGGCGGAUGUUUCUGGUUCUUUGACGGAUCCAGACGUGAAAGAGUGGAACAUUAAUCAUUUAGGGACAAUACUUGAUUAUGUUAACAAAGAUUAUGGUAUAUCUAUCGAUGGUGUCAAUACAGCGUAUCUGUAUUUUGGAAUGUGGAAAACUACGUUUGCAUGGCAUACAGAAGACAUGGAUUUAUAUUCGAUAAAUUAUUUACACUUUGGAGCUCCAAAGACAUGGUAUGCGAUACCUCCUGAACAUGGAAGAAGAUUGGAGAGGCUUGCCAGUGGUUUCUUUCCAUCGAGCCAUCAGAGCUGCCAAGCGUUCUUACGGCACAAGAUGUCUCUUAUUUCUCCUCAAAUAUUAAGACAGUAUUCUAUUCCAUGCAAUAAAAUAACACAAGAGGCUGGAGAAAUAAUGAUCACUUUCCCAUAUGGCUAUCAUGCUGGUUUCAAUCACGGAUUCAAUUGUGCUGAAUCAACCAAUUUUGCUACACCACGAUGGGUGGAGUAUGGAAAAAGGGCUAUACAAUGUACCUGUAGUAAAGAUAUGGUUAAAAUAUCCAUGGACACGUUCGUGAAACGUUUCCAACCAGAGAGAUAUGAAUUGUGGUUACGUGGAGAGGAUAUUGGUCCGCAUCCUGAAGAUCCUAGGCAGACAGCUGCACCUAUGCCGUCUCAGAUGGACUUAUUAUGCAGUAAUAGCAGUAACGGUCAAUUACCGCAGAGUUAUUUGAGUGCGGCACCUAAGAAUAAACGCCAUACGAUACACAAAAAGAAAAAUAUUAUGGCAACAAAUCCAGAUGUCGAUAUGGAAGAGUUAGUAAAUCGCCCGGAUAUACCACCGGACGUCAAGAAAGUUUUACAAGAUCUUGAAUUAGAAGAAGCUGAUGAUCAACCUGACGAGCAGCAAUUAGAAGUAUUGGAAGAUAUUUGGCUGAAGGCUGGAGAAAUGGAUGUAAAUGAAGCUACUGUGUACGAUGAUGGUUACAACCGUAAGAAGAGUCGUAAGCGAAAGAAGAAGAACGCGGAGAAAGAGAAGAAAUCAAGAAAGGACUCUGCUAGAAAUAUUCCAGGGACUGUAACAGUAAAGACUGAAAUUAAAGUAGAACCUGACGAUGGCUUAAGCUUUUUACCUUCGUCAUUUCCGGAACAAAGCAGUCAUAUGGAAGACAACGAGCAGGGCUGUUCCGGCAUUAUGUUACCUCACGAUAAUAUAAUUGAAAAUGUAAAAAUGGAGGACGAAUCGGACUUCUCGGAAGUCGUAGGGAAACCGGUUAAAAAGAAGAAGAAACAUUCAAAAUCUGGGGAACCAAAGAAACCGAAAUCAAGGAGCUCUAAUAAAAAGAAAAACAAGCAUUUAAAUAUAAACAUCUUCGACACUGGCGAACCUUUGGACGUGUCUGACGCUAAUGUACAGCGACAGCUGAUGGCAAUGCCUAGUCUAAAUCAACAGAAAUCUCCAAUGGUGAAGGAUGUUGUUUCCAUAGUUCAAGGGAAAGGAAGUCAAUCAGCUGGAAAUAUAAUAUUCUCUGGUAACGAACCAGUUAUAAAUGUUACCAGUAAACCACUCGUGAACACUGUUUACGGUGAAUUAAAAGGAAUUGAAAAAAUUAUAGAUCCUUCUUUGGAAGAACGAAUGAAUUUAUACGUAAAAAGCGCAAAGAAACUCAACGUAACCCUUACGAAGUCGACGUUCUCUACACCGUCCGGGUUGAAAAACAUGUAUGCUCCUGAUCAAGUGAAGCCUAUUAAAAUUGACAGAGCUAUGGAGUCCGAAAGUAUCGGGGAAGAUGCUAAAGUAACAGUGCAAGAAGUGAAACCGUUUAAUCAAACUACUUUUAAAAGUGUAGGUACCAUGUUAACCGAAAGAUCUAAUUACUCGAAAAAAGAUAUUAUAAAAGCUCCUCGAUUAAAUGUGCUGAGUGCAGCUUACAAUAUAUCUGCUACCGAAGUCUCUUCCAAAGUCAAUACCGACAAACCAUCGGUAGAGGAGAAAACUUCGCGUGCAGCAUCAAGUAGCAUAACAGUUUUACCAAAGCCUUGGCCUAUCGCCAAUCCCCAAGAGCCUAAACUUCCUAAUACAAGCAUUAUGUAUUUGAACCCGAGUUUUCCUAACCCUCCGAUUUUACAGAAAGAAACAUCUACGCAUGAAUCUGGAAACAAUUCGAAGAGUCUGGAGUUGUCGAAACCUCUUGUUUCCUCUGGUAUUCAAAUACCACGACUGGAAGGAUUUUUUACAAAGAACACUGUGUUAAGUCAAUCGAUUGUACAGCCAAUUACUUGCCAUAGCAUUAGUGGAACCAGCACGGACGUUAAGACUUUGGGAAAGAGGUCAACAACUGACACGUCGAAAAUGAUGGCAACAAAGUUUUGGCAGCUUCCAAGCAGUAGCAACAGUUUGUUUUACUCGAAAGACGUCAAUACGGAUGACAAGCAAGCUCAGUCUUCUGUCGCAAGCUUAGAUACUAAUCAGAUGUCUACCCCGUCUUCGUUUAAUCUAUCGAAGAACAUCUUCUUGCCUCCAGCUGCGAAGUGCACAAACGUGUCAAUAAAUUCUCAGCCCACAAUGAUGUACGACUUCAGCAAGAAAUGCUUGCAAAAGCCCAAUCCGGCUACCAGUUUAACAGAAUCCUCGUACCUAAAGGUUGUGUCGAAACCGAAGGAGUCGUUGUUAUUAAAGAAAACGUUGAACCAAAAGGUUGAAUCGUGCAAUAGAAUGCUGUUCGGUAAGAGCACAAGCACAAUCGUCAGUAAUGUGAAGACAGUGUCGACUCAAGUAGACAAUCCGUUGGAAAUUAGUCAACCCAGCACGAGUUUGACCAUUGUCAGUCUAAGCAACAACAACAUGCAGCUCUGCGCGAGUCAGCCGAUUUCAGAACUGCAAGCUUCGCAAAAUAUUUCACCCAUUUCACCCAUUAAGCGAGAGCAGGAUCAAGAUGAAUCUGAUCUUGAGGAUAGUCAGCAAUCUCAAAGAACACAGAAGAGUUCGGAGGACAUAUAUGCGAGCAUGCCACCAUUGAAACCCAUAAAAUGGUCCACAUCCAGACGAAAGUCGAAAGAGAAGUUGAAGAAGGCGACCACCAGGAAAAAAGAUGCGCCCGAGAAGGUUACGCCAACAAUCAGUCAGGAAGAUUCCAGUGUUGCAACUAGUCCCGUGGAUAAACCGCAUUGCGUUUCCCAUCGUUUUCCAAUGAUACCAGGACAUAUAUCCGAUAUGUUGUUCCCUUUUGUUCCGAACAACGAUCUACUCAAAGCGUUCAAUGAUUAUUGGAGCGCUCAAGUUUCUCAUUGCGCAAUCUGCGCACCAUUCUCUUCGAGUUACAACGGCUAUGGCAGGCUGAUGCCUGCAGAUUGGAAAUAUUGCAAACCCACCGUUUUACCAGAAAGUUCACCGAUAUGGGUAUCUGCCAAUAUAUUCGUUGCAAAUUCAAAGGAGCAAAUAGUCGAACCAGACAACGAUAAGUUGCUGCGUUGCAGAGAAUGUCAUGUAACUGUACAUGCAUCCUGUUAUGGUAUUACGGUGGUGCCCACAGAUAUACGGAAUUGGGCAUGCGACAAAUGUAAAGCUGGUAAAACACAAGUGAUGUGUUGUUUGUGCCCUAUGCGUGGCGGUGCUGUUAAACGUACCAGCGAUAGUAAUUGGGCACAUAUAUUAUGCGCUCUUCUAUUACCAGGAGUCACAUUCAAGGAUGCCAUCAACAAGGAUCCAAUCAAUGUUUUAACUAUCAAACCUGACAUUGUCAAGCAACAAUGUUGUUAUUGUGGCCAGACGGACGGGGCGUGUCUAAAUUGCAACUUGUGCGAUAACCUGUUUCAUCCGUCGUGCGGCCUGAUUUCGGGAGCAAUAUUCUCGAUACCAGUCUACAAUUCAUUGGAGCUUCAGGUAACCUGUGAUGUGCACGAUGACGGAACAAAAAUUCCUACCAUCCGACAGGGCGAGGUUGUUUGGGCGAAACAUCGGAACUCCCGAUAUUACAAGGCCAAAGUGGAUUUGAUACACGACACUCUGUUUUAUAUGGUCACGUUUAGCGACGACAGUUUCAGCGAUGAUUUAUAUCCAUCAGACAUAACGAAUUAUGAUCCUGGAAACCAACCGCAACGGGGUGCUGCUGUUGAUGUCAAAUGGACAGAUGGGAUACUUUAUCAUGGUAUCUUUGAGGGUACGAACCACAGGAUCAUGUACACCGUGACCUUUGAAGAUGGUUCGCAGCUCGCACUGAAGCGAAACGAGAUCUAUAGUUUAGAGGAAGAUUUGCCACAAAGAGUACGUUCACGCCUGUCUUAUGCGACCGAAAUGAAGCACCGGCAUCAUCUGUACGGCAUGGAGGAUGAAUCCGAGGCGCAAAGAAAGGUGAAACAGUCGAAAUAUUGUGAUUAAACGCAAAAUUCUAUAUGGCUCUAUGUAAAUAAUGAAUAGAGACAAGUAACAAUUAUUCAAUCGCUGUAAAUAUUACAUAACGAAUAUUGUACCUAUGAAUUCGGUCUCUCUAAAACGUUCCCUGGAGCAGACCAAGCGGACAAAUCUAUUUUUCACUUAGUUCUUUCGUUUCUUUUGUAUUCUGUACUUCUCUGUUCUAUCUUUCUUCUUUAUUUCCUUCUUUUCAUUUCUUCAUCGAUUCAUUAUCGAUACGUUCAUUGGCGUCACACUUUCACGUUUUUUUUUGUGAUACUUUUUGUUGCUUGUGCUUACUGAAAGGAGUAUUAAAACGUAAAUUCCUGUUCGACUACAGAUUCAAUUAUUCAUUCUCAUUAAAGAUGCUAUUGAUCUUGCCCGAUAAGUUUUACGCGACAAAAAUGAAUUCUAGAAUGUGAACAAAAAUUGAUUGUCUUGUGUUCUGUUCGAUUCGUGAUGUAUUGUUUUAAAAAUUAUAUCAGAUCUCUUCUCGUUUGAGCAAAUACAUUCAAGAAUGAGAAUGGAGAACACCGGUGACAUUUUGCAUUGGAUGUAUCUCUUUUAUCUGAUUGAGUAAUAAGUAUUGUAAUAUUUUAUUAAUGUUAAAAAAAAAGUAUUAAAGGAACCGCGAUAUGGAUCACGCGUCAAUGUAACAGGCGUCCCUUUUGUGGCUAUAAAUAAGCACGUUCAAGUUUUUAACCGUUUAUCUCACGUAAGUAAGGGGAAUAAUACAGAGAUCCUCCCUUACAACAUAAAGCAACACGUAGAAUCUUUCUGAACCCCUUGUAAUUUACAAGCAGCUAUCUUACACAUAGUUUCUAACGAGCUGCCUGUGGAGGCUCUGAUCAAAGAAACGUUUAGAAGUCCUCAAAACAUAUUUCUGUACAUACAUUAUAAUCAACAUACCGUAUAAGAUAUGUGUUUCUAAGCGAACAGCCCACGUGCGUAGUUUAAACGGCAUUUUUUACUUUGUUUUACGGAUAAGAAACGAAAAUUCGAAAUCUCUGGAUGUUUGCGUUGCGUAUGUCCAAUUAAGAAUCACAAAUAUACUUAUACCAUCCAUACUGGAGGCGUUAGUAGAAUUAGGCAGGGUGCUUCUUCACAAGAUUAGCUUCUUUCGAGGAGGAAGAAGGUUAGUAUGAAAUGGAGUAAAAAAUGUCCUCCCGACGUAGCACAUUUUUUAUACCAUUUUGCAUUUUUCUUAAAGAGAGACCAUUAGUUGGACUUCUAGGAGAUCAUUCAUUAUGAUAUGUUACAUUCAGGAAGAAUUCAACAGUUGUUUGUGAAACGAUCAAUAAAUAUACUUCAGCCUGAAAAAUAAAUGCUCGUUCUAAUUACUUGAAAUUCAAAAAAAAGAUAACUUUGCAACUCUCUCUAUUCAGGGAUGUAAUUUAUGUUCUAUGUAAGUUUUAGUUGUAUUAUUCUCCUAGUUAUUAGAAUAGCGAUAAUGUUUCUUCUCAUCUGCUACGUUAGAAACUAUAGAUCACAUUAUUUUGUAUGAAAACAUAAUUUAUAUUACACAAUGUAAUGUGCUAAUAAAUAUUUAAUAGUUCACUCAGGACUCCUGAAUUCUUCGGAUGCAAUGUAUCGCUUACAAUCAUAUAAAUCUUAAAACACUACUUCUGAUAGGUUUCAAAAUACUUGAUUGCGCACGUGUUCAUCACCGAUUAGUCUGCGAGGGGAAAAAAAGUAAAGUUUUCGACGCUAAACCGAGGCGGAUGAUCUUUCUAAAUGCCUGAAGUUCAGUACGCAUUAGCAUUUGAAAUCAUAUGAAUACUCUCUGCAUCUGUUUGAAUUGUUUCUGUGGUACGCUACACGUUUGAAUGUUUCUUCUGUCACUUACUCUAUUUCUGUUCUUCUGCGUUUCCAAAUCAUUUAGACGCAUAACAAGCAAACAUUCGACGAAACGCUAACAUGUAUGUAUAUGUACAUUUCUAGAGGAAAUUCGUCGUUUGAUUAAUAGUGUUCAUAUGAUCUCUAAAAAAACAAUUCGUUUCCUAGAUGUUUUAUUUAUCAUGAAUAGGCAAUGCGAAAUAAAAAACGAUAGUUUUAACUUUUAAGAAAUGUGUAAUUUAUCCGAAUGAGAAAUUAUCACUUCCCCCCGACCACUUUAUAUACCUGUUGAUUGAACUAGGUCGCGGAAGUUGUAUUAGCGUUCUAUCUGUAUAUGAUAUUAAUUAAAAAGCCAAAAAAAGGAAAAGUUAACAAUGUAUCCGAAUUGUAGGAACAUAUUGGAUACAGCGUACAAUAAAAACUAUAAAUACGAAA